AUGGACUCAAAUAUUUCAUGUGUGUUCACAGACGUAGAUGGUACACUAGCAAAUAGCGAGAAUCAAUUAUCUUUAAUUAACGCAAAAACUAUUUCAGCUUUGAUGGAUUCUCAUAUUUUAUUAGUACCAGCAACUGGCCGUUCCAAAGUGGGUUUCCUAAGAAUGUUCACAGAAGAUAUUAUGGAUAUUGCUAAACAUCAUGGCUUUCCGGGAAUAUAUUUUAAUGGAGCAGUUUUAAUAGGUCCAAAUGGAAUAGAUGACAUUAUGAGGACUUGGACAAUUCCAGAUGAAUGCAUGAUAGAACUCUGCAAUUUAUUGGAUUCAAUACAAAUUGAGUGGCAACCUGAAGAUGAGGGUUACGAAGAGGCUAAACUUAGAGGUGAAACACAUAGAGGAGUCGCUUAUAGUGUUUAUUUACUGAAUGAGUUUAUACAUAACGUUAGAGGUUGUCACCUAAGAUAUGUUGAAAGCCUUAGUAGAGAAUUCUCAGUAAAGGUUGAAAGUGUCGUUGAUGUUAUUAAAAAAAAUCCUAAUCAAUCUUUAAAGUUUAUUAUCGGUGAAACAAGAGAAAAACUUGAAGAAAUCAAAGAUAAGGUACAUGCUUUUCUUAAAAACAAGCCAGCAAGGGUUCUUUUUUCCCAUCCCCUAAUAUUGGAAAUCCUACAUAUAGACUGUUCUAAGGGAAAUGCUGCAGAGCAUUUGCUCAAAACUCUCAAUAUUCAUCCUGAAAACUGUCUAGCUAUCGGUGAUGCUGAAAAUGAUGUCGAAUUACUUAAGCUUUCGGGAGUUGCUGUUGCUGUUGCUAAUGCUUGUAAUAUGGCCAAAGGUGCCGCCCAACAUAUAGUCGCAUCUAAUGACGACGACGGAUUUUCAGAAGCUAUUCAGAAAUUUUGUAAUAUUAAAAUAAACUUUGACUAG